AUGCUUUGCUCAUUCCACAACCAGAAUCGCGAUACCAAGGGGCUGCUUGUCAUCUACUUUGGCAUCGGCCUUGCCCUCAUUGUCAGUUUUAUCGACCAGACUGCCGUGUCGACGGCUGCACCAGAGAUAGGGACAUCACUUAAUGGUUCCGCCACCAUCUCCUGGGUCGGCACAUCGUUCCUUGUUGGAAACUGCGCCUUCCAGCUUGUCUAUGGCCGUAUGUCCGACAUAUUUGGACGCAAGAACAUGCUACAGAUAGCUGUUGGACUUCUCUGUCUUGGAAACCUCCUCUGCUCGUUCGCCAAGACACCCGUGCAGCUGUAUGCUUUCCGUUCAAUAAGUGGUAUUGGUGGCGGAGGCAUCAACAACCUCGCAAUGAUCAUCGUGUCUGACCUUGUGCCACUGAAGGAUCGCGGCAAGUACCAAGGGUUCAUCUCGGCUGCGACGUCCACAGGCAACGCUAUCGGACCGUUUGUUGGUGGAGGUCUCGCUUCAAUCGGCCAGUGGCGCUGGCUGUUCCGGCUGGUAUCAAUUCUCGGGCUUGUCGUUAUCGUCAUGGACCACUUUAUCCUGCCCCUCAAGCCCGUGACGGGUGACAUCAAGGAGAAGAUUCGACGCGUGGAUUACAUCGGCAUUUUCCUCAGCGCCGCCGCCACCGUUUUGCUCCUUGUGCCCAUCUCCGGCGGCGGAUCGACAUUUGCAUGGAACAGCGCACUUGUCAUUGCCCUAUUGGUAGUUGGAGCUGUGUGUGGCAUCGUGUUCGUGGUGCACGAGAUCAAGUUUACCCGUUUACCGAUCCUUCCAAUGCGAAUCUUCACCAUUCGGACGAGUGCCUUUGUCAUGGCUCAAUCGUUUGCCAUUGGCGUCAAUUACUAUGGGACCAUCUUCUAUAUUCCCAUCUUCCUGCAAUACGUCAAGUCGUACAACGCGCUUGUGGCAGGCGCAUUUGUCCUCGUGUACACCUUCCCUCAGGCGCUCUGGGGUAUCGGCGGAGGGUUCUACAUUGCCAAAACAAACCACUACAAAAGAGUCGUGAUAGCAGGCGCUGCGCUCUGGACCCUUGCCUUGGGGCUUCAGCUCCUCUGGACGCGUACCACGAGCAUCGGCGAAGUGCUGGGUAUGCUUGAGAUUCAGGCCAUUGGUAUUGGAUGGAGCCUGCAAACGACUCUCGUUGCCGCACUGGCUGCUACCGCCGACAAGGACCGCGCGGUUGUCACCGCAGGCCGUAACUUCUUCCGUACGCUCGGGGGCGCGUUUGGCCUUGCUGUCGCGAAUGCGGUCUACCAAUCGCGCGUGAUCCAAGAACUGGCCACAAUUGGCGCUCUCACACCCACCCAGCGGACGGAACUGGUCAACUCGUCUCUGGGUCUGGACGCCCUGUCCCCGGAACUCAUUAUCCAAGUCCGGGACGCAUACGCCCAUGCCCUGCGCUACGUCUUUGCAUUCUUCACGGCUGUCAGCGGUUUCUAUUUCGUUACCAGCUUUGGUAUCAAGGAGAUUCCGUUUCGCAAAGACUCGGCGGCGCUGGAGGCUGAGAAGAGGGCUACAAAGGGGGACGUCGAGCGUGGCAGCGAGAAAGAAGACAACGAAGAGGGCGAGGGGAGGGUGCAGGAGAUCGCGGACACUGACUCUGUUCAUUCCGCGACUGAACAUGACGCCACGCUGGUCGUCGCUCCUCCGGCCAUAGGUCCCGACGGGCUUGCGCUCAAGCCAACAGCAUCAAGACUGCAGAGAGAAGGGGAGGUGCCAGCAUCACAACAUGGACAAUGA